GCACCGCUGUUUGAUGUGCCGGAUGUGCUACAGCGCCUCAGCACGGGGCAAGCAGCAGCGCAGCAUGCUGUCGGACCUCCCUGCUGGCCCGUGCCUCCGCGAGGCAUAAGAGAGGCACCUCGACGCCCAUCGCCGCUCCUGCCCACCACCUCGUCUGCCUCGACCUCGCCCGACAUGUCGCGCUCCCUCGACGCAACCGAGAAGCAGCCGCUGCUCGGCGCCGAUGCCACGGCCGCCGACACGCCCCGUCAGUGCGGCUCCUCGCCGGCCAUGCAGCGCCUCGGCGCCGUGCUCCGCCAUGUGGUGCGCACGGCGCUCGUCGUCGUCUCCGUCGUCUGCGUGCUCAGCCUGCUGCCGCCGCACAUCGGCCAGCGCGGCGGCCGCAGCACCGGCCCCGACGCCGCACUGCACGGCUGGCAUGGACCGCCGCCGCCGCCGCCUCCGCCGACGGCGCCGCUCGACUGCCAUGCGCUGCCGGCCUCGGGCACGCUCAACGUCUCUGUCGUCGUCUUCGAGCCGUGGGCGCGCCUCGUGACGCACAACUCGCUGCGCGGCUCGACGCUCGCCCUGCUGCGCGACGACGCCGCUGCUGCCGACGCCGCUGCGCUCGCCGGCGACGCACGCCGCGCACCCAAGGGCCCUCCGCCCCAUGGGCCCGUCGACCUCCUCGUCACCGUCACGCGUGCGGCGGCAGCGGCGGCCGAGCACAAGCCCGAGGCACUCAACAUCUGCUCGUUCGGCCUCAUCAGCGGCCCGGCCAUCGGCAUCUUCGUCAGUACCGUGAACAUGUGCCGAACGCCGCAGCUGCUAACUGACGUUUCCCUCCCACAGCCCGCGCCGACGGAGCCGGCGGACCUGGCUGCAGCGCACAAGACGCCGGGCGACGGCUUUGGGCGCGUCUAUCCCGACAUCAGCAUCGCCAUCCACGCGCCCGCCUCGCUGUCGCUGGCGCUUCUGCCCGAUGCGCCGCCGCCGCCGCCUCCGCCGCACCACGGUCCUCCUCGCGGACCCCCGCCGCCGGGUCCGCCGCCCCACGGCCCGCCUCACCGCGGUCCCGGCGGCCCCCGCCGCCGCCGAGCGUGGAGAACUGAAGAGUGCUCGAGCGAGUUCUCGGGCGUGAUCCACGCCGCGUCGUCCCUGCCACCGUCCCAGCCGUGCAGUGCACAUCGUUUCCCUGCCCUCUUCCCCUUGUAUCUGAGCACCCAUCGCGAUGCGAUCGUUGAUGAAAUGAGAGAUCGUUGCUAGCGUCGUCGUCGUCACUCCAUUGCGCAUCUAGUUCGCCGAGCCGCGGCCAAUUGCCUUGAGCCCGGCGCCUUCGGCCAGGACGGGCAGCGCCUCCACUGCACCU